AUGGCGGGACCCCGCCGUGUCCUGCUGCUGGUGACCGCACUGUUGUUGUCCGUCCUCCGCUGUGCGCGCGCUAUCGACAUCCGACCCGUGCUGGAGGAUACGUCGCCGGCCGCCAACCGCUCCUUCCUGCAACGGUACCGCAACGAGAACGGAUCGCGAGGCUCCAACGACGAACUGGAGGCGAGCGUGAUCGAGCUGUGGCAGAUGUAUGACGAGGGCCUCCGGGGCCAGGUGGACAACCUGUUGCGCCAGGCGCUGCCGUAUUUGCUGGAGAUCGGCGACGUGGGCAUCGACAUCCGCUGCGCCGAGUCCCUGCUCAAGAUCGUCUUCGGGCUGCGGAAGCUCGAGAAGUGGGCCUUUCAGCAAAAGAACGAUCUAACGGUUACUGCCCUUGCUAAGACAAUGCUGGACUCCAUCGGCCGGCCACCGUCGGGCAUCUUGGACGUGACCAUGUCCGACUACGGCGACUAUGACCAGUGCCUCGAGGUGCUGUCGCCAACCGCCGAGGGUGACGAGGACUUUCGGGGUCAGCACUGCAACAUCCAGGUGGAGCAUCCACACAUCCCGGCCCUCACCAAGCACGCCAUCUCCAAGCUGCCCCAGCUUCUCAAAGAGGACUCGGUUUACAAAGACGUGCUGCUCACCUACACGAGGCUCCAGACUGCCAUAGGAGUCCGGGUGGGCAUCUGCGUGCCGUCAAGUUGCAGUAAGGACGACAUCUUCAAAAUGUUAAAUCCAGCUGCUGCCAACCUGAAACUCGGCGUCCAUGUAGCAAGCUGCGAAACAAAGGCCAUUGUCACGAUCACCGAAGAACAGCUCGUCGUCAUAUGUAUCUUUGGACUUUUGGGAACACUGCUUCUCUGCGGAGCGCUACUCGAGAUCAUUAUUAACACGCUGCCGAGGCCACUUCUCUCUGAUGACUUCAAGCAAAGGGCAAGAAGAAGCCUAUUAGCGGCGUUCGGGCCUUUUCGAAAUUUCAAGCAGCUCCUUUCGUCCGAAGACCGGGCGUCAUCACUUCACUGCCUGCAUGGAAUUCGAGUGGUCACCAUGUUUUGGAUUGUCCUCACGCAAACAUACCUCAACCUGGAGUUUCAAGCAGUGCGAGGUCUGAAAUUUCUCAUACCAACAGUGGAAUCUCUCCCAUUUCAAGUCAUCGUUAAUGGUCUCCUGGCGGUAGACACCUUUUUCUUUCUGAGCGGUUUGCUGCUGGCCACUACCGUUCUAAGGAAUUUCGACGAGAAGAAUUCCAAGAAGCAAUUGUUCGGCAUAUUUGCCUACAGGUAUCUGCGAAUCACCCCUGGCUGCCUGCUGGCACUGUGCUUCUUCACCCUGGUGCCCCUGAUGGGCUCGGGACCCAUCUGGAGGGAGAAGAUCGUGCCCCAGGUGGCCGCCUGCAACCAGACCUGGUGGGCCGUCGCCCUCAACGUCAACAACUUCAUCCACGCAGACGGAAUGUGCCUACCAAGCCUGUGGUACAUCAGCGCUGACUGGCAGCUGCAUUGUGCCCUGUUCCCCCUCGUGUUCUUGUUGAUCAGAAAGCCCGCGUUUGGAGGAAUGGCCGCCUUCGCCGCCGUGGUCGUGUUCGGAGUCAUCAUCGGAGUCCAGACCACCUUGUCCGGUUACCCGCCCACAUUCCUGCCUCUCUACGCCGAGAAGAGCCGGGUGAGAAUGCUCCUGCAAGAGGUUGUGAUGCGUCCCUACACGCACGCCGGACCUUUCACCAUCGGAAUCUGCACCUCCUUCGUGCUCCUCAAGUACCCCCGCAGGAGGUUCUCCAAGGUCUCGCAGGCCCUGCUGUGGGGCUCCUCGCUGUUGCUCAUGGGGUCCUCGCUGCUGGGCACGUGGCGGUGGAACCGCAACAUCGAGGCCAGCGAUCUGGAGACGCUGCUGUACUCGUCCCUCCACCGCUCCGCCUGGGCCCUGGGCAUGGCCUGGCUCGUCUACGCCAGCGACUCCAACCGCGGCGGUCUCCUGAACCGGACCCUGUCGUGGCGGGUGUGGGUGCCGCUGAGUCGGCUCACGUACGCUGUCUACCUCAUCCACCCGAUCGUCCUCUUCUUCCAGUUUUGGACCAUUCGGGAGAGGAUCUACGGCAGUCACCUGACCAUGAUUUACCUCUAUUUGGGCAACAUGGCCUUUAACAUCGGAAUGGCCGUGCCGUUCUACUUGUGCUUCGAGGCUCCGUUUCGUCGGACAGUGUCAAAAGUG